GUCGUCAGAGCUGGGAUGGGGGACACCCCAGGCAGAGGGGAAUGCCAGAGGCGGCGCAGGGCCCAGACUGGACGGUCUGGGAAGUAUGAACUGAGACCUGAAGGCCCCACCAGCAUGGGCACUCUUACCUACAGAGAAGAUCUGGAAGAUGGUAACAAGAACACAGCGUUCACCUGGGAGGCAAAGGCCAACAACCGGGCCUACAGCUCGCAGUUCAAGAAGAAGGUGUUUCUGUGCUGGGAGAAGGAGAAGUACAAGACCAACGUCAUCCACACGGCUAAGUACAACUUCUUCUCCUUCCUGCCGCUAAACUUGUAUGAGCAGUUCCAUCGCAUUUCCAACCAGUACUUCCUCCUGAUCAUCAUCCUGCAGAGCAUCCCUGAGAUCUCCACACUGCCUUGGUUCACUCUUUUUGCCCCUCUGGUCUGCCUCCUCAUCAUCCGCGCCACCCGAGAUCUGAUGGACGACAUUGGUCGGCAUAGGAGUGACAAAGCCAUCAACAACAGGCCCUGCCAGAUCCUGAUGGGAAAGAGCUUCGUUGGGAAAAAAUGGAAGGAUCUGUGCGUGGGAGAUGUAGUCUGUCUCAGCAGAGAUAGCAUUGUGCCGGCUGACUUGCUCUUGCUGGCCAGCACAGAGCCCAGCAGCUUGUGCUAUUUGGAGACAGCAGACAUCGAUGGGGAGACCAACUUGAAGUUCAGACAGGCCCUGAUGGUCACCCACCACAAGUUGACCAAUACAAAGAAGAUGGCAUCCUUCCAAGGCAGGGUGAUGUGUGAGGAGCCCAACAGCCGAAUGCACCACUUUGUGGGGUGCCUGGAAUGGGGUGAAAAUACCUACCCCCUGGACAUUGGCAACCUCCUUCUCCGUGGCUCCAAGAUCCGCAACACUGACACAUGUUACGGAAUGGUCAUCUAUGCUGGUUUUGACACAAAGAUUAUGAAGAACUGUGGCAAGAUCCAUUUGAAGAGAACCAAGAUAGACCUCCUGAUGAACAGGCUAGUGAUCUUGAUCUUCCUGUUCCUGGUGGUCAUCGCCAUGGCCUUGGCUGUGAGCUUCGGUUUCUCCUUCAAAGAAUUCAGAGAUAGGCACUACUACAUGGCGACACCACAAAGGGGAAGCAUAGCCCUCGAGUCCUUCUUCAUCUUCUGGGGCUUCCUCAUCCUGCUCAGCGUCAUGAUACCGAUGGCCAUGUUCGUCCUAGCUGAAUUUAUCUACCUGGGAAACAGCAUCUUCAUCAACUGGGACAAGCAGAUGUACUAUGAGCCACAGGAUAUCCCUGCCAAGGCCCGCAGCACCAGCCUCAACGACCAUUUGGGCCAGGUGCAGUACAUCUUCUCCGACAAGACAGGCACGCUCACACAGAAUGUCAUGACCUUCAAGAAGUGCUGCAUAAGUGGCUGCAUCUAUGGUCCAGACGCAGAGGAAAGGACCCUUAAGGAGAACCCCUACCUUUGGAAUAAAUAUGCCGAUGAGAAGUUUCUUUUCCACAACAAGAAACUGCUGUACAUUGUACAAGCCAGAAAAGACAAGGUGGUGCAAGAGUUCUGGCGCGUGCUUGCCAUCUGCCACACUGUGAUGGUGCAGGAGAAAGACAGUGAGCGCUGUGACCAGCUGUUGUACCAGGCGGCUUCCCCAGAUGAGGAGGCACUGGUUACGGCGGCCCGGAACUUUGGCUACGUGUUCGUGUCACGUACCCAGGACACCAUCACGCUGAUGGAGCUGGGGGAGGAGCAGGUCUAUCAGGUUCUGGCCAUGAUGGACUUCAACAGCACGCGCAAGCGGAUGUCAGUGCUGGUCCGAAAACCUGAGGGCACCAUCUACCUCUACACCAAGGGUGCUGACACUGUCAUCUUGGAUCGCUUGCACAAGAGAGAUCUAUCCGAGCUUGCCACAGAAGAGGCCUUGGCUGCCUUUGCAAAAGAGACCCUCCGGACGCUGUGCCUGGCCUAUAAGGAGGUGGACAAGGACAUUUAUGAGGAGUGGCAGCGCCGGCACAAGGAUGCCAGCAUCUUGCUGCAGAACCGGGCAGAGGCCCUGCAACAGCUGCUGGGAGCCACAGCCAUCGAGGACAAACUACAGGAUGGCGUCCCUGAUACCAUCAAGUGUCUCAAGAAGGGGAACAUCAAAAUAUGGGUGCUCACAGGGGACAAGCAAGAGACGGCAGUGAACAUCAGCUUUGCCUGCAAGCUCCUGACAGAGAACAUGCUCAUUCUGGAAGAGAAGGAGAUACUCCGGAUCCUGGAGGACUACUCAGAGUGCAACAAUAACCUGUUGACCAAGAACAGCUUUCUGAAGUCCCUGCCACAAAUGAAUUUGGCGAUGGUCAUCAAUGGGGACUUCUUGGACCAGGUGCUGCUGUCUUUGCGCAAAGAGCCCCGUGCCCUGAUCCAGAACAAGAAUGCAGAUGAGUCUCAACAAAAAUCUGGUGAAGGCAUAAGGGAUGUCCAACAGGCCAGGCAGAUAUCCAUGCUGUGGAGGACCUUCGGAACCCAGUUGACUCAAUCCAAGUUCAACAAAUCAGAAACCCAAGAGAGCCCCGAGGUGUGUCGUGAGCGUGCCUUCGUGGACCUGGCCUCAAGAUGCCAGGCUGUCAUCUGCUGUCGGGUGACGCCCAAGCAAAAGGCCUUGAUUGUGGCGCUGGUCAAGAAAUAUCAGCAAGUGGUGACCCUGGCCAUCGGGGAUGGUGCCAACGAUGUCAAUAUGAUCAAGACUGCAGACAUCGGCGUGGGACUGGCAGGUCAGGAGGGCAUGCAGGCGGCGAACAACAGUGACUAUGUGCUGGCCCAGUUCUGCUUCCUGCAGCGGCUGUUGCUGGUGCAUGGACGUUGGUCUUACAUGCGGGUCUGCAAAUUCCUGCGCUACUUCUUCUACAAGACGCUGGCCAGCAUGAUGGUUCAGAUCUGGUUCUCUUUCUACAGUGGCUUCAGUGCCCAGCCCCUGUAUGAAGGCUGGUUCCUGGCCCUGUUCAACCUCCUGUAUAGCACCUUGCCAGUUCUCUACAUCGGGCUCUUCGAGCAGGAUGUGAGUGACCAGCGGAGCCUGGAGAUGCCUGAGCUAUACAUGGCAGGGCAGAAGGACAAGCUCUUCAAUUACUGGGUCUUCUUCCAAGCCAUCGCCCACGGCACAGUCACCUCCCUAGUCAACUUCUUCAUGACCCUGUGGCUCAGCCAGGACACUGCAGGACCUGCCAGCUUCAGUGACCACCAGUCCUUCUCGGUGGUCGUGGCCCUGUCAGGGCUGCUGUCCGUCACCGUAGAGGUCAUCCUAAUCAUCAGGUACUGGACUGUGCUGUGCGUGUUGUCCAUCCUCCUCAGCCUCAUCUUCUACGGCCUCAUAACUUGCAAUACCCAGAGCACCUGGCUCUACAGGAUCUCCCCGAAGACUUUCCCAUUUCUGUAUGUCGACAGAAAUGUGCUGUCCUGCCCUUCCACCCUGCUUGUCAUCCUGUUGAAUGUGUCCCUGAACACCCUGCCCAUCUUGGCCUUCCGAAUCAUUUACCAAGCUCUCAAGAAGCCCUGCCUUAAGGAGGAGGAGAAGGAGGAGGCCUCAACUGAGGAGAUUACCACUGUGGAGCCCAUACCUCGUUUACAGCGACAGACAAGAAGCCGUCGUUCCAGCUAUGCCUUCUCCCACCGUGAGGGCUAUGCAGACCUCAUCACUCAGGGCACAAUUCUUCGGAAGCCACCAGAGGUCAGCAGUGAGCCAUCACCCAUGGAGUGGCUGCCGGUGCCUAUCAAGGAGCAGUUGUCACCUGAUUUGGUGGAGGAGCUAUCCCUGCCCCCAGAGGAGCAGUCAUUGCCCUAUAAAUCUCAAGCAGCCAACAGGAGGCCUUCCUCCAAUGACAAGGACACCACAUCUUUGUCUAAUAAACCAGGGUCCAUCUGA